GCACAAAAAAAGAGACGUCGCCAUGACAACUCCUCUUGUGUACCAUCGCGUUUAGCCUUUAGCCGAGGAGCAGUGUUAGCCGACAUGCUAACUACACUUUAUUUGUAAGAGACAUAUGAGAGCCGGUGGGAUUUUUGACGAUGCCGCCGAAGACCAAGAGCAAAAAGGCCGUGAAGGUGAAGACGUCGACCGUGGUGGACGGCCUGUCCCCGGAGGAGAUGUCCAAGGAUCAGCUUGAGGAGCACAUCGUCCGCCUCCGGGAGGAGCUGGACCGGGAGCGGGAGGAGAGGAGCUACUUCCAGCUGGAGAGGGACAAGAUCCAGGCCUUCUGGGAAAUCUCCAAGAGGAGGCUGGAGGAGGAGAAGGCCGAGCUGAGGAACCGACAGAGGGAGAGAGAGGAGGCGGAGGCACGCCACCAAGUGGAGAUUACUGUGUACAAGCAGAAGCUGAAGCACGUCCUGUCGGAGCACCACGACACGCUGUCUGGGCUGAAGGCGGACGGCGUGGCCUCCACCGGGCUGGUCGAGAAGCAGCACACGCAGUCAGAGGUGGGCCUCCACAGGGACCUGCACGCCCUGCAGGCCGACUCCAGGGAGAAGAGGCUCCACAACGAAAACUUCAUCAAGGAGCUGCAGCUGAAGCACCAAGUGGAGUUAAUGGAGCUGGUAAACAAAUGUGAGAGAAGAAUCGGAGAGCUGCAGGUGAAAUAUCACGAGAAAACGCAGCUGAUGGCCGACGCGGAGGCCAAGAAGCGGCGGGCCGAGGUCCACGAGAUCGAGAGCAGGAUGCAGAGUCGCAUCGAUGAUCUGAUUAAGGAGCAGAGCGGCGUUCUCCAACGCACCGUGGAUCACUACUCCCUGACCCAGGACCAGCUGCUGCUGAAUCAGCAAGAGCUGAAGAGCAAACAGGCCAAGGCGACGAAGGUUCAGCGCAAACUGGACAAGGAGCUUUCAGCAGCGAAGCAGGAGAACCAAGUUCUGAUGAAGUCUCUGCAGGAAGCCCAGCGGAAGCUUCCGGAGUUACAGAAACAGCUGCAAGACCACAAAGAGGCACGGAGCCAGAUGGUGGCGUCCAAAGCUCGAGUGAAGGUCCUGGACCAGGAGCUGCGCGACCUCUCCCUGCAGCACCAGCUGCUGCAGCUGGGCUUCGAGAAGAUGGAGCGGGAGCGCGACGCGCUGCUGGAGAAGCAGACGGAGGCCAUCCAGGAGGUGCGGCGGCGGAGCGGCAUGAAGCAGCUGCUGCUGGAGAGGAAGCUGGCGGCGCUCACCGCCGCCGCCGAGAAGCAGGAGGCGCAGCUGUUGGCCGCGCUGGCCGCCUCCGACGUGGAGCCGAGCGCCCGGGGCCGGGCCGCGGACAGACUCCAGGAAAUGCUGAAGGCCAAACAAGCCUCCAUCGACGCCUUGCAGGGCGACCUGGCCCGAGACCGUGAGGAGUACGACGAGCUGCUGCAGACCUGCAAGGAGAAGCUGCGUGACUUGGGCGUCCCUCUGUACGACUUCCCCUUCAGGCCUUCAGGGCAGGACUCCAAAGAGUGAAGCCAGUCUCCAUCGCUUGAUCACAUGACGUAAUGAAUAAGCAGCUGAUUGCUCGGCUAAAGAUAAACCUUUUAGGUGUUAUGUUGUUACGCAACAAACUAUUUCUGUCAUAACACCUUGUGACUCGAGUCAUUUAUAACUUUUCAUUUUAUUCAUAGCUGACAGUGUGACUGGAAGAGCUUCAUCUCCUUUGAUUACUUUUAACUUUCGUCUUUGAUACUUGAGUAUAAAGUAUUUCAACUUC